AUGCCGCCAAAGUGGGUGUGGACAUGCAUCCCGCCGUCAAAUGUGUCUCCGCUGUGGAACAUUGAGCCUAGCGCGACCAAGGACAUCACGUCGUUUUCAGUCAAAUUCAAGCAACUCGUGUCGUUCGCGGCGUUGCAGUUGACAACGGAUGCACCCAGUGGACAAGACCUACGUUUAGGCACAACAGCCUUGCCAUUCCCGCUAACGUCCGUUGUCGUUGUGGAUGGCUCCAUCAACCGCAUGCGCAGCCUGGAUGGCAUCCUAGUGUUUUCCAACGUCCGGGAGCUUCGCCUGUCUUUAAACCAGCUGUCCACCCUGCCGCCCCUAAACCACCUCGUGCACUUGCGUCUGUUGUAUCUGGGAAACAACUACCUCACGAGCUUGACGUGGCUGUGGCACCCCAACACGCUAACGCACUUGGACGUGACUGGAAACAAUAUUGCUAGCUUGGCGGGUGUCGACGCGUGCCGGUCGUGUCUGCAUGUCCUCAACGUGAGCGAGAACAAGCUCGUGUCGUUGGAUGGCGUUCAGCAUUUGCUGCAGUUGCGCGAGUUGUGGGGCCAUGUGAAUGAACUCCAAGACGACAGCAGCUUCGUGCAUGUAUUGCCCCUUUGCCACUUGCGCGUGCUGUCGCUGGGGCAAAAUCGCCUGUCGAAUUUGGACACGGUGGCCAGCGUGGUGCUGGGCCUGCCAAACCUAGACGACGUGAGCUUUGUCAACAACCCCGUGGCCGACUGCGACCUGUACCGCAUGCGCCUAUGUCAACACCCUAGGUUGCGAGUCCUGGACCACAAAACGAUCACCACCGCCAUGCGACAGAGUUUCACGCGCAUGCGCAACACCCAGGACGUCGAGGCGUUGGUGGAGCAGACGACGCUUGGGUACCUCGCGCACGUGGACAUGCAAAAGCACGUGUUGGACCAAGGCAUUCGCUUUCACCGCGCUAGGGAGCAACGCAUGACGGACGCGUUCACCCAGUACAAGCACAACAUGGAGCGGGAACUGGACGACUGUGUGCACUUUGCCCAUGUCUUGUCAACGGCCCAAGCUCGGUCGGCGGGGUACUUGAUGUCGAAUGCAGGGCUAGAAGAAUGGAAACGCCAGCUGCAGACGCUCCACAUUCCACCACUAGACGACGCUACAGCGGCGACUGCCCUCGAGCCGCAUGCGUGGCGACGUGUCAAACAUGUCGAGAUGGAUCAUCGCCAAGCGUUGAAUCAACAACGAGGAAACCAUGACGUGGCAUCACCACACUCGUCAACUCAGAUGGCACGAUGGGAACAAAGUCGUCGGGUCGAAGCUGCGUUAGCGUUGGCCAGUAAACUCAACGUGGGCGACGCUGCACCCAAGAUGCGACCGAUUCUUGAUUGUUUGCAAACCACACACGAAGCGUAUGUCGUUGAAAAGGAACGUUUGGCGCGAACGAUCCAACGCACGUGGCGACGACAUCACCACAGUGUCAACACAAACCAGAAUGCGAUACAGACCGUCGACUCUGUCGCAGCGGCAGCCGUGAAAGCCACGUCCAACAAGUUUCGAUUUUGGCGAAGGUCGACGAAGGCACGACGAUGACAUAAAAGGACAUGCGCAAUACAGUUAAUCAACACUGUACAUAAACAGAUGCAUACUGUAGCCCCA